AUGGCCCCCGCGGUGUCCAAGCAAGAGCUUCCGCCAUGGGGUAAUGCGCUCGCAGGUUCUGCUGGUGCGCUCGUUGCGAACGCUCUGGUUUACCCUCUAGAUGUCGUCAAGACCCGGCUGCAGGUGCAGGUUAAGAGAAAUGCAAAGGAUACCCAUACAGACGCAGCCGAUCAUGUGCAUUACGACGGAACCAUGCAUGCAAUUCGGCACAUCGUCGACGACGAAGGUAUCUCGGGCUUGUUCACCGGUAUCUCAGGCAGUCUACUCGGCGUUGUGAGCACCAACUUUGCCUACUUUUACUGCUAUAGUUUGGUACGCACCAUGUACCAGACAAGGAUUUCCAAGAAUGACAAGCCUGCAAGCACAUUGGUCGAGCUGUCCAUGGGUGCCGUUGCAGGUGCUCUGGCACAGAUCUUCACAAUCCCAAUCUCUGUCGUCACGACCCGGCAGCAGACGCAACUCAAGGGCGAGAAAAAGGGCAUGUUCGAGACGGCAAAGGAGAUCGUUGAUGGUCCGGAGGGUGUAGCCGGUUUGUGGAGAGGCAUCAAGGCGAGCAUGGUGUUGGUUGUCAACCCUUCCAUCACAUACGGCGCCUACGCAAGACUACAAACGCUGCUUUUCCCCAACAAGCUCAAGCUUGCAGCACAUGAGGCUUUCCUCCUCGGCUCACUUUCCAAGAUGAUGGCGACCAUGGCCACACAACCCUUGAUUAUCUCAAAGGUCGCUCUUCAAUCCAAGCCACCUCCAGCACGAAACGGCAAGCCAUUCGAGGGCUUCGUCGAUGUGAUGAGAUACAUUGUGGAGCGCGAGGGUCUCCUUGGUCUCUACAAGGGCGUUGCACCACAAUUGCUCAAGGGUUUCCUCGUGCAGKGAAUCCUCAUGAUGACCAAGGAGCGUGUGGAGCUCCUUUUUAUCCUUCUCUUCAGAUACGUCAGACAGCUCAGAAAAGAGCAGCUCGAGAAGCUAGCGAAGCUUGCAACAGAAAAGGCAUCYGAGGCAAAGCAAGUGGUCGCACAAAAAAUCGAGCAGAAGGUAUGA